AUGGCACGGACCAAACAGCAGGCGUUGAAGGCUGCAAGAGACCCGCCCCAAGAGCCUCCUCGUAGCAAGGCAACUACCUCGAGAUCAAAGAAACAAAAUGAACAAAACGCUGCGCAUCAGCAGUCGGAGCAAGGAUGGAGCAAGGACGUGCAGAUUUUCCGCACUGCUUUGCAAGACCUAGCCGCAACAGAUGCCGUUGUACAAGCAGCAUGGAAACGUCUUCGACAGUGCUUUAGCAACACAUUCAAGGCCAUCAUAUUUCCACAGACCGCGGCUCUGGCACCCUUUGAACCGUUUCAAUUUUGGGCUGCUGAGAACAUUGGUGAGGACGUCUUGGGUCGAAUCCUUCGCAUCGAGUUCGCCGAUGAACUUGCGUCAUUCAAUCAUUUUCCUAUGCUGAAGCAUACUGCGGUACAGUCGGGCACAUCUAUCUGGCAUCUGCUCCUUAUCUUUGGCCCGACAUUGUUUUCUGAUCACCGCCUCAAAAUUCUUCGAAAGCGCAUGUACAUUUUUACAGCCAAUUCGCGGGGUAAAUCGGGGCUUGCCGACGCUUACAAGCGCAUGCUGAGAUACAGUGCCACUAAGAGAGGUGUUCCAAUAGACACUACAUCCAUUCCAUGUGCGGAGCCUAAACCUAUCCUCUUCGCAUCUGAUGAGAUCUCUGCUCUGGGGCCCGCGAAUCCUGAGUUCGAGAGGCACCCUCAGCAGGAUGACUCCAAGGUGGAACAAACUCCUCAGACACAAAAGUUCUCUCAAGAAGAGGGAAGAGACCACGCUCAAAAUAGACGUAGGCAAGAUCAGGGACAGGAUCAGGACAUGAGAACUCCUGUUCCACACGCAGAGCUCAUCAAAAACCCUUACCAGGCGCAAAUGAGGAAGGAGAAGAUGCAACUGCCUCCGCUGCGUGGCAGCCCGUUUAUCCAGAGACUACAACAGCGAGAUAUUGCACUUCCAUCGACUGAGGAUGCUGGGUAUUUUGAAGAAAAAGCCGUUGGAAGCAGCUCUACUCUUCAGGAUGACAGGCAUGUCAUUUUGUCAAACCCAGAUCCGAGUGCCGCCUGGACAAAAGAGCGAGAGCCAUACUCGUCCGGUCCCUUGCCAUCUGAGGGGUUCUCAGAACUUACAGACUUCAGUGAAAGAUGGAGCACAGCGGUUCAUGCGACGUCACCCGCCGCUGCGCCGUGGCAAUGCAAGCAAGGGACUUUACGCAACAUCAGCCCCUCCACCACGCAUGCCCGCAGCUCCAGCUCGGUAUCGAGGAAGCGACCUAUAAAGGAGAGCCCGAGCGAGCCCAAUAGGUUUAGCGAUGGCAGUUCCAAGCGUAUGGACAAAUCCGAGUCUCGGGAUCAUCUCCUCGAGCAAGCGCAACAUUGGGACGACGAAACCACCCUCUCCAUCUUGAAGCAGAUAGAAGUGGUACGGUCAGAAAAGUUCAUAGUUGUGGACGACUCGAAAACGUAUGACAACCCAGCGUUGCUGCAGCAAGUUUCCCGGCACUCUGAGGAGAGAGGCACGCUCCUGGUACCUUUGAGGCUGGAUGAUGGUCAUUGUGUCUUGGUCGUCAUACGGCUCAAGCCUCUCGAAUACGUGGGCGACCACGACAAGUAUGGGACAAUACAAUACUAUGAUCCAGCCAGAUGGAGCGAAGGUCAGGCCAGCGACAAGUCUGACCGCACCAUGCGAGUAGCUCGUCUGAUAAGCUUCAUGCUUCCAGACCGCGAUCCAGAUCCCGACGCGUGGCAUCACCAGCACUGUGUAUGUCCUGACCAGCUCGUAAGGAGCAACAACAGACCAGCCAUCUGUCUGGCUGCCAUGUGCAUCGUCGGCAGCCUUCAACCUUCACCGCCACUGCCUGAAGCUGUGGACUGGGUAUUCUGGCGCCAUGUGAUCCUCGUUUCCUUUCUGCGGAGAGAUCCGUCCUUACAGCUUCGUUUUCAGCACUAUAGGGCGGAGACUAUAGAGAAGACGAUCCGCCAAGGUCAAGCACUGGAGUCCAGGCCUCCAGAUGGGGGCAGCUCUUCCGAACAGAUUCAGAAUUCGGCGCAGACCGUCACGAUGACUGAAGACCGGAUCAGGAGCAGAGCCGCCAACGCAAAGAGACUCAUUGGAAAUAUUCACCAGGGAUACCGCAUCUUCCAUGAUCUUGUUGUGCACAUUGACCAAGGAAAUGUCUCAUUGAAAUCUCAGCUCGACCAGAAUGUGUUGGUCCGAGAUAGGAAGCGUGAUAACAUCAUUGGGAUCGUCGAAGAGCUCUCCAUAAGGACCCGGGGUGCGGAAGACCCAGAGUAUAAGCUCCUCAGCUCCGAGGGACUUGAGUUGAGACAGGCUGCAUCCUCUAUUGAUGUGCUCCAGGAGCGUCUCAACAUGCUGCAUGAUGCUCAGGACUGCGUCUGCAAGGGCAUGCAAGAGCUGUCUGAGUGGCGUGAACAAAUCAACAAGGCUGUCAUGGAGGGUGAUUUGGGCAUGGAACAUGCUUCUAUGGAGUAA